CCGUGAGAGUUCAGAGUUCAAACAUUACAGUAAAAAUAGGGUACUCGCUGGCUGGCUGCCUGUGUGUUCGCUGCGAAUAAUACACAACUUGGUGGAAAAUAAUCGGCUGCCACCGCACCGAAAACAUAGAGAGGAAACCGAAGAUGGCCCUGAGCUAAUCGGCGCCUGCUCUCGCCCUGUUGUCGGCGGAUUCACACAAACGACGGCUAGCUGGCUGCUAACGAUAGCACGCUAACUUGCCAGGAGCACAUAGCAAGUGCUGCUAGCUAACGUCACUGGACUGGUACUCUUUACUUUGAAGGCUGCAGCUAUGUUCGUCCAGGAGGAGAAGAUAUUCGCCGGGAAAGUGUUGAAAAUACAUAUCUGCACCAUGGACGGCACGGAGUGGUUGGAGGAGGUCACGGAAGACACCACUGUUGAGAAACUGAAGGAGAAGUGCUUGAAACAUUACGUGCAUGGAAGUCUAGAAGACCCCAAAACACUCACCCACCAUAAACUCAUACAUGCUGCUACAGAGAGAGUCCUCACCGACACUAAAACUGUCGCUGAUGAAAAUCUCAAAGAUAAAGACGUAUUGCUGCUCAUAAAGAAAAGACCACCACCAACCCCUCCAAAGAUGGCAGACGUUAGUUCAGAUGAAAAGAAGAAACAAGACAACAAGGCUCCAGACAAAGAAGCAAUUCUGAAAGCUACCGCCAACAUGUCCACACGCCACACUGACCGCACUGUUACCCAGCAUAAUAUUAGAGAUUUUCAGACAGAGCUAAGAAAAAUCUUGGUCUCCCUCAUUGAAGUCGCUCAGAAGCUUCUUGCCUUGAACCCUGAUGCUGUUGAACUCUUCAAAAAGGCCAAUGCGAUGUUGGACGAAGAUGAAGAGGAUCGGGUGGAUGAAACAGCCCUUCAGCAGCUCACUGAGAUGGGUUUCCCUGAGAGCAGAGCUAUCAAAGCUCUUAGAUUGAACCACAUGUCGGUGACCCAGGCAAUGGAGUGGCUUAUCGAGCAUGUAGAUGACCCCUCUGUAGACGCACCAAUACCAGGCCAGGACUCUUCUGGGGCAGCGGGAGCCACAGCUGCUGCCACACCAGGCCCCUCAGCCUCAGCCUCAGCCUCAGCCUCCGGUCCAAACCUUCUCCGCAGUCUCUCAAGCCAGUCAAGCACAGACGAGAGCAGCAGGCAGGAUGAGCUCACAGAGAUCUUCAAGAGGAUCCGCAGGAAACGGGAGUUCAGACCGGACUCAAGAGCUGUCAUUGCAUUGAUGGAGAUGGGGUUUGAUGAAAAGGAAGUAAUUGAUGCUCUGAGGGUGAAUAACAACCAACAGGAUGCUGCGUGUGAGUGGCUGCUGGGAGACAGGAAACCUUCUCCUGAAGAUAUGGACAAAGGCAUUGACACCAACAGCCCGCUGUUCCAGGCCAUUCUGGAGAAUCCAGUGGUCCAGUUGGGUCUAACCAACCCCAAGACUCUGCUAGCAUUUGAAGACAUGUUGGAGAAUCCUCUGAACAGCACCCAAUGGAUGAAUGACCCUGAGACUGGCCCUGUCAUGCUCCAAAUAUCCAGAAUCUUCCAGACCCUCAAUCGCACAUAGAGCCUCCCGGUGACCCCCUGUGUGACUGUGGCAGCUUGUGUGUAUGUUUGACCAUAUUGGGAUGUGUGUGUGUGUGUGUGUGUGUGUGUGUGUGGCAGAGACACAAGUAUUGUUUUUGCCUUGUAAAGACAAAGCUGGAGGAGGCAAAGUAUGAAUUAAGAUGUUCUACAUAUAACUAUUUAUAACAGUACAGUAAAUACACUUAUACAAAACAAAUGUUAACAUAAACAUUAUUACAGUAAUAAUAAAAAAAAAUGAGAUUUAGUAUGUUGUUUUUACAUUUGAAUGAGAACAAUUUAUAGUUAUGGACAGACAUGAUUUAUUUUAUAUAAUUUCUCCAUGCGCAAAAAUGACAUCAAGCAUACAAUUUAAUGUUUACACUUCAAAGAAAAGAAAGUUUUGUAUGUUUUGCAAUAUUUAAAUAUCAAUUACAGUUGUGUCUGUCAUCUGUCAUCAGUGGUGAAUGUGUGGAAGACUUCCGUCAGUAUCAUGUUUUGUUUUUCUUUCCCCUUUGUCUUGUUUUUAUCAAAAACUGCUUGUAAUUGAGAGGCUGGUGGUCAAAGUUGAGUGUUUAGCUAAUUGAAAAUUCGGCUUUCAGACACAUUACCUCUCUCUCAUUCAUGCCUGUGAGGUCACUGUAAGUCACCCGCCUCUCAGUUUAAAGAGGAGAACAUUUGUCCUUGAGUGUCUUCAAGAAUAUUUAUUUGACUUUCUUGCCUUUUAGACAAAAGCUGUACACUAAACUGUUUGUCUUAGUCAUGUUUUUACAAGAAAAUUAUAUAUUAGGCCUGUGUGUUACUUGUCAAUGUGCUCUUGAAUGUCAUGUUGUGCUCAUUUAGCACUUGUUCACCUCUAUGAAUAUCACUCACUGCAGCACUGAGGAAGUUAAAAGGGUUCGUUUUGUCUCAAAAGGCUGUACUGGGAUGAUAAAUGAAGCUGAGCCUAAUCAAAAAGGGGUUGCCUUUUAACCUCUUAAUUUGAAUGAUGAAGAGGCAAGCUCACUUCUUGCUGCGAAGGUGCAAGCAUCUUCAUACAUUUUAAGAGAUAAUGGAAUUUGAGAUGCAACCAGUGUUGGUCUUUUGGUUUACUUUUUUCUUUUGAGAGCAAUGAACAUUUAUGCUGUCAAACCAAACCAAAAUGUCACUAUAUAACCUGCCUUGUCUUUAGAUGUACCCAUUGAAAAAAAAUCCCGUAUUUCUGUGCAAUAGCAAGGACUUCUGUUGACCUGUAAAGAAUUAUAUUUGGUUUGAGUGUUAGAGAUGUGUGAACUGCAAUGGGUAGUGUGUUACACAAUAUUAGCCUUUGCAUUGAGUACUUAAAUUCUCCAGCUACAAGAAGGUGAGCGUAGCCUCUCCCGGUUGUGCCGAGAGUUAAAAUGGAGGGUGGUGUGUUUUGCCAAGCUUUUGAGUGUUUUUAUUCAAUAUUUUAAAAAUGUGGUAUUGAUGUGACUUUCUGCUCAGGGAGGCUGAGAUUGUUUUUCUAAACCUGUCGUCAUGGCAAACCUCUGCUCACCCCCUUCAGUCUGGCAUUUGAAAAUGGCUUUAACUAAUCUGUCUAGAACUUUACUUAUGAAUAAGAGCACCACAAGACAUGGUUUCGUAAAUGCAAUAUUUGAAAAUAUUUAAAUGUUUUUAGAGAGAAGUGUCUGUUUGAACUCUGUAUUAUUACAUUAUUUAUAUCAAAGCCAAACUAGUAACUUGUUUUUAUUUAUAACAUUUUUAGCAAACCUCAAAGCUAAUCUACAAAUGUGAAAAAAAAAUAAAUGAUUCAAAUGUUGUUUUUACAAACCAUUAUAGAAAUGUGCUCAUGGACUGGUAGGUCACGGUGUGGUUUAAAGUAGUGCAACAUGCUUGAAUGAAGGAUGAUUUCUACAUGUCUCUGGAAACCUCUCAGCACACUUUCUGCACUGCAGUGGACCUUCAUCAUGGCCACGGUGACCACCUCCAUGCUUUGCAUUGGCACGCAUACAAUGCUGUCCUGUUACAUCUCGAAACAAACAUUGGGAGAUACAUGUACAUGUAAAAAAAAUAGGUCCACAGAAAAUGCAGACAUCUUGUCUUUACAAAUGGUCAACAGGAACUGAAAAGAUCAAAAUGAACUAUAUUGCUUAGGGACACUGAAGAAUUGUUGGAGUCACAGGUUAUUAUUUUCACUCAGCUUUCAUGCAGGACUGUCCCGGAUUAACAACCUAUGCAAUAUACUCUCACAGUCUGUUCAUUCAAACAGCCUCAUGUCGGCUGGCAUCUAAAUCACUAUUGCAUUAAAGUUAUUUUUUUGUGGCUGUA